GACAUGUCGGAAACCUCCCACGAGGGGCCCCGUGUAAUUCGAUGCAUGCUGUUAAAGCUUAGAGUAUAUUGUCUUCUCUUGCUUAUGAAGCCUCCACCCACCGGCCCACCCUACAUUUAGCGGAUCAUGUGACCGUGGUAAGUCAUUUGCAAGUACAACAGUUCUCUGUGAGCUCCCAUUCAUUUCCUGAGAACUGCCCUGAGCAGCUGAGAGGAGCUGAGAGGGGAGGGAGUCACACACACAUAUACACACACACAGAGAGACAGACAGAGAGGACUGUAUAAGGAAGACAGUUUCUGUCGCUCUUCAGCUCCUGGUCAGACACCAUCAAUAACAGGAUGUUAAUGCUAGACGGAAUGCCUGCAGUCCGAGUCAAAGCAGAACCUCUGGAAUCUGAGAGAGGGUCACCCAAAGUGCACGGCUAUCCUGAUAUGGAGACUGUGCCGCUCCUGCUCAGCAAAGUGAAGGCAGAACCUCCAGAAGACCUGCUCUCAUCCGAGCAGUUCCAAACCCAGACAGAGCCUGUAGACCUGUCCAUCAACAAGACAAGGACAUCAUCACCUUCCUCCAACACCUCAGCCUUCUCUCCAUCUUCAUCAUCAUCAUCCUCACCUUCUGUCAUCACCUCAGUCUCCUCGGGAAUGCCGUCCGUUUUGACACCCGGGUCCUUGGUGGGCUCUCCUCAUGGAGUUAGAGGCCAGCAAUUUUUGCACAUCAUCCACCCCGUCCGCCCUUCCAGCCCCAGUAAACUUCCCAGUCAGGUGCACCGUAUCCCUGUGGUGGUGCAGUCGCUGCCCCUCAUGUACACCACAGCCGUUCACUCCCCGGCAACCCUCAACUCCACAAUCAUGUUACCUCUCCUGGACGAGGCCAAGUACCAGGGCAAAGCACAAACAGACCCCAAUGGCCUGUCGCCAAGACAAAUCAAAAGUGACAGUGAUGAUGACGACCUGCCAAAUGUGACCUUGGACAGUGUUAAUGAAACAGGAUCGGCGGCGCUGUCUAUAGCACGAGCAGUCCAGGAUUCCAUGUCACCAUUCAGUAUUGAGAGCAUUCGACGGCCACAGCCCUCUGAAUCUCCGGACUCCAAGAAAAGACGCAUCCACAGGUGUGAUUUUGCAGGGUGUAAUAAAGUUUAUACCAAGAGCUCCCAUUUAAAGGCACACCGGAGGACACACACAGGUGAGAAGCCAUACAAGUGCACCUGGGACGGCUGCACAUGGAAGUUCGCCCGCUCAGACGAGUUGACACGGCAUUACCGUAAACACACAGGGGUCAAACCCUUUAAGUGCGGGGACUGCGACCGAAGCUUUUCCCGCUCAGACCAUCUGGCCCUGCACCGUCGCAGACACAUGCUGGUUUGAAGCCACCCACUCACUCACUCGCACACACGGGAGAGCUGGAUCUCCCCCAAAAGUAUUCAGCUGGGCUGGACACAGAAAUGACCAUCCCUGCCCCUGAGAGUGAGGAUAAAAGAGCAAGCCAAGGAGGAGUAAGAUGCUUUCCCCACAUUUGCAGAGCUAAACGGGGUCCAUUCAGGAAAGGGAGGAGUCCUGAAACAUUUGGAGUCCAGUAUGUUGAUUGUCUCAUGUCUGGUCAAAGGAUUAUUUCACUCGGACAAACGGUUUGUUUUUUGAUUUUUCCUUUCUUAAUCAUCCGUGUGGUCUGUUUAAAUAUGGCUGCUUCUCACUCAACAUCUACAAUGUAAAAAAAAACGCAGAGUGGAAUGGCUUUAUGUGUUGUUCUGACAGAUGCAAAAGGGGAGCGUGACCGUGAAUUGGUGUGCUUGCACAAUUUUUUACAUUUACCUUUUUGCGGAACAAGAGCCAGAAGUAUCUGAGAAAGGAUUACGCGGAUCUUCUAAUGAGGAAGACUUUGGGCCAGUGAUUCCGGAGGUUUCCAAGGUUGCCAUUUACAGGUUAACACGCCAGCGAUUGAGUUUACACAACAAAAUGUUCAGUUUGGGUCAUAAUAUCUUCUGUUCCUCGAAACUAAAUUGAUUGAAUUCGAUUAACAGACAAAGUAUAGGUGGGCUUCUGCUGUCUACUCUCCACAUUUGUCCUAAUUUCAUCUCUUUGAGUCACUAAUUGGG